AUGGCAACGACCAGCCGCUCGUCCACGCCGCAUACCGAACCGUUUCCACCGCUCGACGCGCAACCCCGAACACCCACCUCGCUCUCUUCGCUCCCCGUCAAAACGACCAACGGGCCAGAGAACCAGAACCUCCUGAAGCCAGAGAAAGAUCGUAUCGCCGCAGGCUUCUCGCCAAAGCUAGACAAGCGCGUGCUGUCACCGUUGCCUCUGACUGGGGCGGCGGCGAUGGCCGAGCUGAAGAAGAGGAAACAACAGCAGCAGGGAACUACAAGUCCGAGAGAGACCAGCCCUAACCCAGCCGUCGCGGCUAUGCAGAAGUUGAUGGGUGGCGGCGGCGGCAUGUCCAGGCCGUCAGAUGCGCCAUCACCGAGCAAGCUCAGCGAACCCGUGCAAUCGGCCGCAGAGAAGAUGAGCGUGGACAAUGCCAUGACAGAGUCUAUGCAGACCAGUCCGAUCAGUCUGUCCAGCUUUGGCACUCUCGAAAGCACCGGCGUGGCAGCGAACAUGACAGCCACAGCGCAUGACCAUCCUGCCUCAGGCCCUCAAUUUGUGGCUGAGCCCGCGCAGAUGACGGAGCCAGUCUCAUAUACGAAUGGCCAGAAAUAUCUGAACGUCAUGAACGAUGAAGGACCAAAGGCAUUCUCAUAUCCCGGGCCCCCGCCACAGGAUCAAGGCGAGGGCGGGCCAUCUAGAGGUAUGAGUCUACCCGGAUUUGGCCAAGGCAGUCCAAAAUCUCCUGCGUCGUCGAACAAGCGACACAAGUGCCCGUAUUGCUCGACGGAUUUCACGCGACAUCACAACCUGAAGAGCCACCUGCUGACUCACAGUCAAGAAAAGCCGUACGUGUGUCAAACCUGCCAGGCGAGGUUCCGGCGGCUUCAUGACCUCAAGCGACAUACCAAGCUACAUACUGGAGAGCGGCCCCAUACAUGCGACAAGUGUGGGAGGAAGUUUGCACGUGGCGAUGCACUCGCGAGGCAUAAUAAAGGCCCAGGAGGAUGUGCUGGUCGGAGGUCUAGUUUCGGUGGAGACGACGAGUUUGGAGAAGGGGAAGGCAUGGACGGCGUGGAGUAUGAUGGCGAAGACGGGAGCAGCCCGGAUCACGGCCGGCGCGUAAGCGAACCGAGCCGGAAGCGUGCGCAUCUCGAAACACCCCACGACCCGAAUCGCCAAGUCUAUCGGCAACAGUCCAGCACAUAUCCGCCGCCACCACAACAACAAUCGCGGCCGCAUGCUGGGAGUAUGGGCAAUAUGGGUCCACCAACCGUUGUGCUACCCGGAUCACAUGCCGUGUCGUCCCCGCGCGACAUGUCUGGCCAACACAGCCCUGGUGGAGGCUCGAUGAGCUCGAUACAGUAUGGUGGUAGCACGCAGGUCCUUCCCUAUCAAGGCGGCAUGAUCGAGUCACCAAAACCACUCUCGCCCGGCCAGCCGCCGCCACAAGACCAACACCGCCUAAGCAUCGGUGACGCCUCCCAUUCCAGUCAAAUGCUCCGCCACCGCUCACCCAGCCUCACUACCCAAUUUCAACAACAACACUUCGGCCGCGGCAGCGGCGGUAGAACCCCGCCCCAACCACCGAGCCAAUUCCCUACAUCCCACCACGGCUCCCAACCCGCCCCUGUCCUACCACCACUUGGAAACCAAACCCAACAGCCUCGCGGCAACCCGCAACCCACGUCUAUGCAAGCCGGCCCCGGCCCCUCCAUGCUCCAGCACCAACAACUUCCCCCCUCCAUUACAAACCCCGGCUCCAACCCCGGCAGCCACUCCUCCCACGGCCGCUCGUCGGGCAGCAGCAUGCGCGACGCCAUGGGCACCGAUCCCAGCGACAUGUGGGGCUAUAUCCGCGGUUUAGAAGCGCGCUUCAACCGCAUGCAGGACGAGUACGAACUACGCAUCAGCAGAUUGCAGGAGGAAGUGAUCUCGCUUAGAGGGCAAGUAUCGGCGAGCCAGAGCUAUAGCAGCGACAUGGGGCAGCAGCCGAGGUAUUAG